CCCGGCGUGGGUGAUCCUGAGGCUCCGCGCGCUUCGGGGCAGAAACCCGGAGACGCCGUUGUCGACGUCGCUACCGCCGGCGCUUCUGCUAUUGCCCUCGGCCCCCUCUGCUCUGUCCCGGUUCGUGGCCCUAAGCCGGUUCUCCCGCCGUACCCUGGGGGCUGUCGCGAGCUCCUCCUCCCCUCCCCGGUAUUGGCAAGUCUGGGCCCCGGCCCCGACGCCGCGCGCCUAAAGCCUAGCCCAACUGUCUGGACUCGCUACUCAAGCGCUGUCUUCUUUCCCAGGACUGCUUCUGAAGGGGCCUCAAGCUCUCACGCUCGCCCCGCGCCGGAGCGCUCCGGCCCGGCCAGGGAGCGGCCCCUUGUAGAGGUCCAAGGAGCCUACCGAGGUCCGUCCCGGCGCCUGACCCUCCCACCGAUCGGCCCACUGGCCCGCUUCUUCCUGAUGCAGAGUGCCGUCCACUAGAGGCUGGACAGGACCCCCGAGUGUCCAGGGUAUGGAUUGUGAACAAGUUGGUUUUGUUUCACGUGUUCAUUUGUGAUUCAUGGCAGGGGACGUGGAAGGUUUCUGUUCCUCCAUCCAUGACACCAGUGUCUCUGCUGGGUUCAGAGCACUGUAUGAGGAGGGAUUGCUUCUCGAUGUCACUCUGGUUAUUGAAGACCAUCAGUUCCAGGCCCAUAAAGCACUAUUGGCCACCCAGAGUGAUUACUUCAGAAUUAUGUUCACAGCAGACAUGAGGGAACGAGAUCAGGACAAAAUUCACCUGAAAGGUCUAACAGCUACCGGUUUCAGCCACGUUCUUCAGUUUAUGUAUUAUGGAACUAUAGAACUGAGUAUGAAUACCGUUCAUGAAAUCCUUCAGGCGGCUAUGUAUGUUCAGCUUAUAGAAGUGGUGAAGUUCUGCUGCUCUUUUCUUUUAGCUAAAAUCUGCUUAGAAAAUUGUGCAGAAAUUAUGAGACUCUUAGAUGAUUUUGGUGUUAACAUCGAGGGAGUCAGGGAGAAGCUGGAUGCCUUUCUGCUAGACAACUUUGUGCCACUCAUGUCCAGGCCUGACUUCCUGUCCUAUUUGAGCUUUGAGAAGCUCAUGUCUUACCUGGAUAAUGAUCAUCUGAGCAGGUUUCCAGAAAUAGAGCUGUACGAGGCUGUGCAGUCUUGGCUGCGACAUGAUAGACGACGAUGGAGACAUACAGAUACCAUCAUUCAGAACAUCAGGUUUUGUUUGAUGACUCCAUCCAGCGUUUUUGAGAAGGUUAAAACAUCAGAAUUUUAUAGAUACUCUCGACAGCUGCGCUAUGAAGUUGACCAAGCAUUGAAUUACUUCCAGAAUGUCCACCAGCAGCCCUUGCUAGACAUGAAAUCAAGCCGUAUUCGUUCUGCCAAACCUCAAACUACAGUAUUCCGAGGAAUGAUUGGACAUAGCAUGGUUAAUAGUAAAAUACUUCUUCUAAAGAAACCAAGAGUCUGGUGGGAACUGGAGGGACCCCAAGUACCUCUAAGGCCCGACUGCCUUGCUAUUGUCAAUAAUUUUGUAUUCCUGUUAGGUGGAGAAGAACUGGGCCCAGAUGGUGAAUUCCAUGCCUCUUCGAAAGUGUUCAGGUAUGAUCCAAGACAAAAUUCUUGGCUGCGCAUGGCAGACAUGUCUGUACCCCGUUCAGAAUUUGCUGUUGGUGUUAUUGGGAAGUUUAUUUAUGCUGUGGCAGGCAGAACAAGAGAUGAGACUUUCUACUCAACAGAGAGAUAUGAUAUCACUAAUGAUAAAUGGGAAUUUGUAGAUCCUUAUCCAGUUAACAAAUACGGACAUGAGGGGACUGUGCUCAAUAACAAGUUGUUUAUCACUGGGGGAAUCACUUCAUCUUCCACAUCUAAACAAGUAUGUGUGUUUGACCCCAGUAAAGAAGGGACCAUAGAACAGCGGACCAGGAGAACUCAAGUAGUCACCAACUGCUGGGAGAAUAAGAGCAAGAUGAAUUAUGCCAGAUGCUUUCACAAGAUGAUAUCUUACAAUGGCAAGCUUUAUGUCUUCGGUGGUGUCUGCGUGAUCUUGAGGGCCUCGUUUGAAUCUCAGGGCUGCCCUUCCACAGAGGUGUACAAUCCAGAUACUGAUCAGUGGACCAUCUUGGCAUCCAUGCCAAUUGGCAGAAGUGGCCAUGGUGUGACUGUGCUGGACAAACAGAUAAUGGUCCUUGGAGGCCUUUGCUAUAAUGGUCAUUAUAGUGAUUCCAUUCUCACCUUUGACCCAGAUGAAAAUAAGUGGAAGGAAGAUGAAUACCCUCGGAUGCCCUGCAAGCUGGAUGGCUUACAAGUGUGCAACCUACACUUCCCGGACUAUGUACUGGAUGAGGUUAGGCGUUGCAACUGACGAUAUCUUUCUCCCCUAAAAAAACAAGGCAAAUAAAGCAUUUGUGAUAAAGUAGUUUAAAACAUAAAGAAAAACCUCACCAGUUUUACUAUCAAAGCCAUUGGUCUAAUAUUGUAAGUUUUCAUUCUGUGCUAGCAUCUUUCUUUUCCUUUCAGUGGCCUCAGACUCAUGCAAUAAGUUCAUUUAAAGCGCUAGCUCUUGAAACUACUUCCAGAAGCAGUUUAGUCACUGCUCCGCUUACCUGGGAAGUUGAUUUUCUGCUUUAAACAUUUCUUUCAGAUGUUAGUGUAGGAUUUGUGCAUCUUCCAAGAGAAGACCCAGUAAGUGUCACUGGAUGUGAUUUCAGUCCCUCUCUAUCUGAACUCUUUUGGACAUUAUUUUAGUCCGCUAUAUGUUUUGGUUUAUUAGUUAAAAGUUUAAAACUCUUGACCUUUUUGCAUGGCUUUUUGCUGAAAAUGCAAAAAUUUAAAUUUUCUACAAAAGUUUUUUAUAUCAGAACACUAUUUCUAAGCUGCCUUCUCUUAUCUGCAUUGUGUUAGUGAAAGCAUAUCCAUACUCACAUACAUCCUAUAAAUAUAUAAGACACAUCCCUUUUAUGCGUGGUUAGGAUUCUAUAUUUUUAAGCUAGUGCACUUGCACACACAGUUCGCCAUACUUGUUGAGAUUUAGAUGUAAUGUCUUUAAUGUAUUAAUGUUUUUAGAAAGUUAAAAUAACUGGAGUCCUCAUUCAGUAUCAAAGUAGUCUAUCUUCAGUCCAUACUGGUUCAGUAAAAUUUAACUUAAUAUUUCUGAAACAUGUAUGGAUUUAAAAAAACUAGUGUUUUACAUUUUGUUUUCAAACUAAAGAUUAAUAUUUCAUAUCAAUGGAUGUUUUUUCUUGUUUGAAAAUAUUUUUCUUUGCAGUCUGCUUAAUGUUGGUUACCCUGUUUUAGUGAGAAUCAGAGUGGCCUGUGUCAAGCUCUGACCCUGCAGCAUGCAAGCACUUUUAAAGAAAAGUUAAGUAAUACCAGACUCCUAAGUAAAAGCCCCUUAAAAGUAAGUGCAACUCCUCUUGUUUCUAUUCAGUAAGACUGCUGCAGGUGAUGAAUGCGGAGCAGCAGCUCUUACAAGUUGAAACUCAGUUCUGACUGAGAUGAGAAAUUAGUUAUAAUGUUAUAUCUGCUUGAUCAGUUUGUACAAAAUAUUCAGUGGCACUA